CUCCCGGAGGCCCAUCUAUGGAUACUUUGGUGGCUUCGAAGCACACAGACCUACAGGUGGACUAACCCGUGGACUUGAUGACAGGGAUAUAAGGUCUGGGACUCUUCUUUAGAAGGGGGGGGCACUGUUUCAGUGUUGAGAGUGGAGAUGUCCGAGGAAAAUUUGGGGGAAGAGUCAAGCAGCUCCCCGGUCUCCCCUGUGGACAGCCUGAGCAACAGCGAGGGGGAGGCGGACACGCAGCCCAAGAGAAGCGCGAGGAAGCGGAGGCCGAGUAGGAAACACGCCGAGGACUCCGACAGCCCCGUGCGGGGGGGCAAAAGAGGCAAGAAAUCGAGCAGCAGCGGAAGCCCGCAGUCGCUGGAGGACCUCCAGAGUCAGAGAGUCAUGGCAAACGUGCGGGAGCGACAGAGGACACAGUCUCUCAAUGAGGCGUUCGCGGCCCUGAGAAAAAUCAUACCUACUCUGCCCUCGGAUAAACUGAGCAAAAUACAGACGCUCAAACUCGCCGCCAGGUACAUCGACUUCCUGUGCCAGGUGCUGCAGAGCGACGAGCUGGACUCCAAGAUGUCCAGUUGUAGCUAUGUGGCCCACGAAAGGCUCAGCUACGCCUUCUCCGUGUGGAGGAUGGAGGGCGCCUGGUCCAUGUCAACAUCUCACUAGCACCAGGACGACUUAAGCCCAACACGGUGACUGCUGAUUCUAUACUUCUCACAUUUUGACGGGACAAAUCUGGAGUCCAAUGCUGGAUACAUGGGAUCACUAUUUAAAGCAAAGACCACGGAGGUGCUGCGGGGGAUUUUUUUUUUAUUGUUUUUGUAGCCCCCCCCCCCCUCCAAAACACCCCCCCCCCCCACUCUGAUGACGACGGUGUCUGUACAACGUUGUUGACGACGAAUGUUGAAAAUAUCACGGUUGAUGAAGAGUUGUUGUUUUUUUUUUUAAACCACCAUGUAUUUGUACUCAUUUCUGCCUAAGUGGAAUGAGACAGUGUGUGUGUGUGUGUGUGUGUGUGUGUGUGUGUGUGUGUGUGUGUGUGUGUGUGAGUGUGAGUGUGUUGGUGUAACUCACAUUAUAAAUGGCUGUCUUCUUUGUGGAUCCAACCUGUGCAAGAAAAAAAAAUAUUUUCAGAAUACAUUUAUUUAUUUAUUGAUGGUACAUUUAGGGACUACAUCCUGUGUCUGAAAUACA